AUGGUGUUAAUUGUAGUUGAUGUACUUAGGAAAAAAAACUUUGAUACCGGUGUUGUCAUGAAUAAUAUUACCACUUCCCAAAUGAAGCCAUUCAAAAACAAAGUGGGAGGCCAUACACCUAUAUUCUCAAUAUCAAAGCAAGAAAUAUGCAAAGAGCUCAACAAAACAGAACGAAACUUUUACAGAAAGAUCUCCAAAAAUCAUCCCUUAUUUUAUUAUAUGGCAAGGUAUAAAGGCAGUAAUGAUUCCCAAUUAAUUCUAGAAGACCUUACAUCUCAGUUGAGAAGCCCAUGUGUAUUGGAUUUGAAAAUGGGGACAAGACAAUAUGGCUGUAAUGCGACCAUCACCAAACAACAAUCACAUCAAGCUAAAGCCAAAAGUACGACAACAAGAAAGUUGGGAGUGAGAAUAUGCGGACUUCAAGUCUUCAAUUAUCAAAACAAACCUUUUUGUCAAGAUAAAUAUUUUGGCAGAAGAAUAACCGUUGGUAAACAGUUUUGCAAAAUUUUAGCUAAAUUUUUAUAUAAUGGUCAUGACAUUUAUUCAUUAUUAAAUCGUAUCCCUCAUUUAAUCAAUCAACUUAAAGAAUUGUACACAAUAUUUACUGGGCUACCAGGCUAUAGGAUGUAUGGUAGUCUGAUAUUAUUAAUGUAUGAAGGAGGAGAAAACAAUCUGGAAAAUCAAGUAAAAGUGAAAAUUAUAGAUUUCGCUAAUGCAGUAAUGGCAGGAGAAGAAAAUAUAGAUACCGUUACUGUCCCACCACAACACCCUGAUUCACCAGACUUGGGCUAUUUACGAGGGUUAAAUUCAUUAAUUGUUUAUUUUACAUUAAUUUUUAGCAUUCUCAGCCGGAUAAAAAUAAGUAACACCGAGGAAAUGGUCGAUUGGAUUCAAGAAAACAAACAAACUUUAAAAGAACAAUCGUGUCCCUGGUUGGAUGAUUAUGCCGAAUUAGACGGCUUGAAAGAUGGUGGUAUUCAUCAGGAUAUGAGUGGAGAUCCUUUUGAUAUUGAAUAUCCGGAAUAUACAUUAGAAGAAGACGAAGGACUUUCGGAGUAA